AUGCUGAGGACAAGGUUCCUCAUCCUGAUGACAAGGUUCCUCAUGCUGAGGAAAGAGCUUCCUCACGCUGAGGACAAGGUUCCUCACGCUGAGGACAAGGUUCCUCACGCUGAGGACAAGGUUCUUCACGCUGAGGAGAAGGUUCUUCCCACCGAGGACAAGGUUCCUCACCCUGAGAACAAGGUUCUUCACGCUGAGGACGAGGUUGCUCACGCUGAGGACAAGGUUCUGCACGCUGAGAAAAAGGUUCUUCACCCUGAGGGCAAGGUCCUUUCCGCUGAGGACAAGGUUCCUCACGCACAGGACAAGGUUCUUCAUGCUGUGGACAAGCUUCCUCAAAUGAGGACAAGGUUCUUGGCGCCGAGGAGAAUGUUACUCACGCUGAGGACAAGGUUCUUCACCCUGAGGACAAGGUUCUUCAUGAUGAGGACUAAGUUCUUCAAUCUGAGGACAAGGUUCUUCCCGCUGAAGACAAGGUUCUUCACGACGAGGACAAUGUUCUUCACGCUGAGGACAAGGUUGUUCACGCUCAGGACAAGGUUCUUCCCGCUGAGGACAAGGUUCUUCACGACGAGGACAAGGUUCUUCACGCUGAGGACAAGGUUGUUCACGCUGAGGAAAAGGUUCUUCACGAUGAGGACAAGGUUCUUAAAAUUGAGGACAAGGCUCUUCACGCUGAGGACAAGAUUCUUCACGUGGAGAACAAGGUGCCUCACGCUGAGGACAAGGUUCCUCACGCUGAGACAAGGUUCUUCACGCUGAGGACAAGGUUCGUGACGCUGACGAUAAGGUUCCUCACGCUGAUGAUAAGAUUCCGCACACUGAGGACAAUGUUUUCCACGCUGGGGAUAGGUUCUUCACGCUGAGGACAAGGUACCUCACGCUGAGAACAAGGUUCCUCGCGCUGAGGGCAAGGUUCUUCACGCAUAGGACGAGGUUCCUCACUCGGAGGACAAGGUUCUUCACGCUGAGGACAAGGUUCCUCACGCUGAGGACAAGGUUCCUCACGCUGACGAUCAGGUUCCUCACGCUGAUGAUAAGAUUUCUCACACUGAGGAGAAGGUACCUCACGCUGAGAAAAAGGUUCUUCUCGCUGAGGACAAGGUUCUUCACGCCGAGGCCAAGGAUCCACGUUGAGAACAAGGUUCUUCACGCUGAGGACAAGGCUCCUCAUGCUGAGGACAAGGUUCCUCAUGCUGAGGACAAGGUUCCUCACGCUGAGAACAAGGUUCUUCACGCUGAGGACAAUGUCCUUCACGCUGAGGCCAGGGAUCCUCACGCUGAGGACAAGUUCCUCAUGCUGAGGACAAGGUUCCUCAUGCUGAGGACAAGGUUCCUCAUGCUGAGGAAGAGCUUCCUCACGCUGAGGCCAAGGUUCCUCACGCUGAGGACAAGGUUCUUCACGCUGAGGACAAGGCUCCUCAUGCUGAGGACAAAGUUCUUCAUGCUGAGCAGAAGGUUCCUCAACUGAGAACAAGGUUCUUGGCGCCGACGACAAGGUUCCUCACGCUGAGGACAAGGUUCCUCACCCUGAGGACAAGGUUUUUCACGAUGAAGACAAGGUUCUUCACGAUGAGGACAAGGUUUUUCACGCUGAUGACAAGGUUCUUCACGCUGAAGACAAGUUUCUUCACGAUGAGGACAAGGUUCUUCACGCUGAGAACAGUUUUGUACCCGGUGAGGACAAGGUGGCUCACGCUGAGGACAAGGUUCUUCACGUUGAGGACAAGGUUCUUCACGUGGAGGACAAGGUUUCUCACGCUGAGAAAAAGGUUCUUCACGCUGAGGACAAGGUUCUUUCCGCCUAGGACAAGGUUCCCCACGCUGAGGACAAGGUUCUUCAUGCUGAGGACAAGGUUCCUCAUCCUGAUGACAAGGUUCCUCAUGCUGAGGAAAGAGCUUCCUCACGCUGAGGACAAGGUUCCUCACGCUGAGGACAAGGUUCCUCACGCUGAGGACAAGGUUCUUCACGCUGAGGAGAAGGUUCUUCCCACCGAGGACAAGGUUCCUCACCCUGAGAACAAGGUUCUUCACGCUGAGGACGAGGUUGCUCACGCUGAGGACAAGGUUCUGCACGCUGAGAAAAAGGUUCUUCACCCUGAGGGCAAGGUCCUUUCCGCUGAGGACAAGGUUCCUCACGCACAGGACAAGGUUCUUCAUGCUGUGGACAAGCUUCCUCAAAUGAGGACAAGGUUCUUGGCGCCGAGGAGAAUGUUACUCACGCUGAGGACAAGGUUCUUCACCCUGAGGACAAGGUUCUUCAUGAUGAGGACUAAGUUCUUCAAUCUGAGGACAAGGUUCUUCCCGCUGAAGACAAGGUUCUUCACGACGAGGACAAUGUUCUUCACGCUGAGGACAAGGUUGUUCACGCUCAGGACAAGGUUCUUCCCGCUGAGGACAAGGUUCUUCACGACGAGGACAAGGUUCUUCACGCUGAGGACAAGGUUGUUCACGCUGAGGAAAAGGUUCUUCACGAUGAGGACAAGGUUCUUAAAAUUGAGGACAAGGCUCUUCACGCUGAGGACAAGAUUCUUUACGUGGAGAACAAGGUGCCUCACGCUGAGGACAAGGUUCCUCACGCUGAGACAAGGUUCUUCACGCUGAGGACAAGGUUCGUGACGCUGACGAUAAGGUUCCUCACGCUGAUGAUAAGAUUCCGCACACUGAGGACAAUGUUUUCCACGCUGGGGAUAGGUUCUUCACGCUGAGGACAAGGUACCUCACGCUGAGAACAAGGUUCCUCGUGCUGAGGGCAAGGUUCUUCACGCAUAGGACGAGGUUCCUCACUCGGAGGACAAGGUUCUUCACGCUGAGGACAAGGUUCCUCACGCUGAGGACAAGUUUCCUCACGCUGACGAUCAGGUUCCUCACGCUGAUGAUAAGAUUUCUCACACUGAGGAGAAGGUACCUCACGCUGAGAAAAAGGUUCUUCUCGCUGAGGACAAGGUUCUUCACGCCGAGGCCAAGGAUCCUCACGUUGAGAACAAGGUUCUUCACGCUGAGGACAAGGCUCCUCAUGCUGAGGACAAGGUUCCUCAUGCUGAGGACAAGGUUCCUCACGCUGAGAACAAGGUUCUUCACGCUGAGGACAAUGUCCUUCACGCUGAGGCCAGGGAUCCUCACGCUGAGGACAAGUUCCUCAUGCUGAGGACAAGGUUCCUCAUGCUGAGGACAAGGUUCCUCAUGCUGAGGAAGAGCUUCCUCACGCUGAGGCCAAGGUUCCUCACGCUGAGGACAAGGUUCUUCACGCUGAGGACAAGGCUCCUCAUGCUGAGGACAAAGUUCUUCAUGCUGAGCAGAAGGUUCCUCAACUGAGAACAAGGUUCUUGGCGCCGACGACAAGGUUCCUCACGCUGAGGACAAGGUUCCUCACCCUGAGGACAAGGUUUUUCACGAUGAAGACAAGGUUCUUCACGAUGAGGACAAGGUUUUUCACGCUGAUGACAAGGUUCUUCACGCUGAAGACAAGUUUCUUCACGAUGAGGACAAGGUUCUUCACGCUGAGAACAGUUUUGUACCCGGUGAGGACAAGGUGGCUCACGCUGGGGACAAGGUUCUUCACGUUGAGGACAAGGUUCUUCACGUGGAGGACAAGGUUUCUCACGCUGAGAAAAAGGUUCUUCACGCUAAGGACAAGGUUCUUUCCGCCUAGGACAAGGUUCCCCACGCUGAGGACAAGGUUCUUCAUGCUGAGGACAAGGUUCCUCAUCCUGAUGACAAGGUUCCUCAUGCUGAGGAAAGAGCUUCCUCACGCUGAGGACAAGGUUCCUCACGCUGAGGACAAGGUUCCUCACGCUGAGGACAAGGUUCUUCACGCUGAGGACAAGGUUCCUCACGCUGAGGACAAGGUUCCUCACGCUGAGAAAGAGGUUCUUGACGCUGAGGACAAGGUUCUUUCCGCCUAGGACAAGGUUCCUCACGCUGAGGACAAGGUUCUUCAUGCUGAGGACAAGGUUCCUCAAAUGAAAACAAGGUUCUUGGCGCCGAGGAGAAGGUUCCUCACGCCGAGGACAAGCUUCCUCACCCUGGGGACAAGGUUCUUCGCGAUGAGGACAAGCUUCUUCACGAUGAGGACAAGCUUCUUCACGCUGUGGACAACGUUCUUCACGCUGAGGACAAGGUUCUUCAUGAUGAGGACAAGGUCCUUCACGCUGAGGACAAGGUUCUUCACGCUGAGGAAAAGGUUCUUGACGAUGAGGACAAGGUUCUUCGCGCCGAGAACAAGGCUUUUCCCGCGGAGGAAAAGGUUCUUCACGUGGAGGACAAGGUUCCUCACGCUGAGGACAAGGUUUCUUACGAUGGACAAGGUUUCUCACGCUGAGGACAAGGUGCUUCACGCUGAGGACAAGGUUCCUCACGCUGAGGACAAGGUUCCUCUCGCUGACGAUAAGGAUCUUCACGCUGAUUACAAGAUUCCUCACGCUGAGGACAAUGUUCUCCACGCUGAGGACAAGGUCUUCACCCUGAGGACAAGAUACCUCUCGCUGAGGACAAGGUACUUCACGAUGAGGACGAGGUUCGCCACGCGGAGGACAAGGUUCUUCACGCUGAGGACAAGGUCCUCACGCUGAGGACAAGGUUCCUCUCCCUGAGGACAAGGUUCCUCACGCUGACGUUAAGGUUCCUCACCCUGAUGAUAAGAUUGCUCACACUGAGGACAAGGUUCCUCACGCUGAGAACAAGGUUCUUCUCGCUGAGGACAAGGUUCUUCCCGCCGAGGACAAGGUUCCUCACGCUGAGGACAAGGUCCUUCAUGCUGACCAAAAGGUUCCUCAAAUGAGAACAAGGUUCUUGGCGCCGAGGAGAAGGUUCCUCACGCUGAGGACAAGGUUCCUCACCCGGAGGACAAGGUACUUCACGAUGAAGACAAGGUUCUUCACGAUGAGGACAAGGUUCUUCACGCUGAGGACAAGGCUCUUAACGCUGAGGACAAGGUUCUUCACGUGGAGGACAAGGUUGCUCACGCUGAGGACAAGGUUCCUUACGAUGAGGACAAUGUUCUUCCCGCUAAGGACAAGGUUCUUCCCGCCGAGGACAAGGUUCCUCACGCUGAGGAUAAGGUUGUUCAUGCUGAGGACAUGGUUCCUCAACUGAGAACAAGGUUCUUGGCGCCGAGGACAAGGUUCCUCACGCAGAGGACAAGGUUCUUCACGAUGAGGACAAGCUUCUUCUCGAUGAGGACAAGGUUCUUCACGCUGAGGACAGGGUUCUUCACGAUGAGAACAUGGUUCUUCACGAUGAGGACAAGGUUCUGCAGGCUGAGGACAAGGUUCGUCCCCUGAGGACAAGGUUCCUCACGCUGAGGACAAGGUUCCUCACGCUGAGGACAAGGUUCUUCACGCUGAGGACAUGGUUCUUCACGCUGAGGACAAGGUUCCUCACCCUCAGAACAAGGUUUCUCACGCUGCGGACAAACUUCCUCACGCUGAGAAUAUGGUUCCUCACCCUGAAAACAAGUAUCCUCACGCUGAGAACAAGGUUCUUCACGCUGAGGACAAGGUUCGUCACGCUUAGGACAAUGUUCCUCACGCUCAGAACAAGGUUCCUCACGCUGAGAACAAGGUUCCUCACGCUGAGGACAAGGUUCUUCACGCUGAGGACAAGGUUCCUCAUGCUGGGGACAAGGUUCCUCAUGCUGAGGAAGAUGUUUCUCACGCUGAGGACAAGGUUCCUUACGGUGAGGAAAAGGUUCUUCACGCUGAGGCCAAGGUUCCUAAUGCUGAGGACAAGGUUCCUCAUGCUGAGGAAGAGCUUCCUCACGCAGAGGACAAGGUUCCUCACGCUGAGGACAAGGUUCUUCACGCUGAGGACAAGGUUCCUCAUUCUGAUGACAAGGAUCCUCAUGCUGAGGAAGAGCUUCCUCACGCAGAGGACAAGGUUCCUCACGCUGAGGACAAGGUUCUUCCCGCCGAGGACAAGGUUCCUCACAUGUGAGUAUUUGUAUGUACAGUGAUAUUGCGACAAUACUACGACAUCUAGAUCUAUCUCUCACAAUCCACAAAGCGUACCAAGAAGUACUUAUUGUGUUGAGAACAUCAUAAACUGUGCAAUUUAGUUCUAUACGAUGUCAACAGCUACACAUCAAACUCAAUCAUCAAAGAUAAAUCGAUAUCCUGAACUAAAACUAUCGUGGUCUGGUGAUUAUGAAUCGCUGAAAUUGUUUGUUGAUAGCGAACUAAAUUUCGAAGGAACUUGGUCAUCGAUCGGUGGGGAGAAAAAGUUGUUUAAAAGCAAAAACGUUGAUAUCCAUUGGUGGGCUAAAAAGAAGUUUCUUAGGAUAGAGGGAAAACAGGUAAGUGAAGUUAAACGUUCAAUUCUGAUGUUGAUUUUGCAUGACAUUGGUUCUGAGGACCAUAAUAUUCGCUCGUCUCAUAACAUGUGUAAAUGCCCUGAAGUCAGUUCUGAUAUCGAAGGCGUUAAAUUGGAUGUCAUUAUCUUGGAAUCAACAGUGAAACAACAGGAAAAUACGCUUGUUAGUUUGCAGGAAACCUUGGCGAAAUUAGAAGCAUCAACAACCGAUGCAAAAUCUAUACCGUUGGAUCAACUAAGUAAAUCUCCCAAUAAUACAUCUGCUGAAUGUGUUGUACAAUGUACGAAUUAUAAUAGCCCUAUUGCGUCUGUGAUUACACCUACUUGCUUGUAUUUCUCGGACGAACCUGAGCAGAAUAAUACGGAGAAUAUAAUCGAAAAGCAGAAUAAUACGGACAGUAUAGUCGAAACCUUAGUAGGAAAGUAUUUGCCUAGUCAUUCCAAGUCAAAUGUUAAGAGUUGUUCAAAUAAUACACCAAUUUUAAAGAACCCAUGUCAUGAUCUGCACCACAAUCCACAAGGCAUUCAGGAUCAAUUAAAUACUAGCCAAAGAAUUGAGAAGGAAUGUGUGGAGAUUUGUCAAUCUAAUACUAACAAAAGAUACUUACACUACCAUGGCCAACAUAAUGAAUGUAGUCCCCAUUGUCUAGAUCUCACAGUAAUUAAUCCCAGUAAUAGUGGAAUUAUUACAGAUGAUACAACUCCUAUGAAUAAUUAUCAAUCUAUUCCAACCCGCAUCUCUAAGCGAAAACCAUCUAGGAAACAUAAUAAACGUAACAAAAAUUCGGGAAAGGAUUUUCGUGCACGUACAAUGUUGAGAGACAAAAUGAACUUUUACAAAUAUUAUUAUUAG